AUGAUACGCUAUCUUCAUGGCCGGUGUCUUCGUUUAGAGAGUUGUCGCAAGGCCUUGGUUUGGCAGAAGCGGUACUUACAACGGGUACUCGCUGGAUACACGGAGUUGGAGAAGAAUUUGCGCCUGCCUUCGUCUGGGGUACCAGAAGUUAGCAGGGGCAAGAAACGGUUCAAGUGCAUAGCAACAGUGGUAGUGAUAGUUCUCCGGAUGGGCUUCUUGGUGCGACGUCGCCAGCACGUGCGCGCGCUCUCCGCCAACUGCCUGCUGCGGCCCGCCAGGGACCUCACCCUCACCAGGAACACGCCCAGCCAGCACAGCCCCCCCGUGGCCACCCCACCCCCGCCCCCCCGCGUCGGCCCCGCCCCCCCCGCGGCGAGCCUCGCGCGGCGCGCCCUGCAGCAGGACAUGCCCUUCAACCUGUCCGCAUCGCCCAGCGUUGGUGAUUUCAUCAGACGAUCUCCGUACACCGCUAACUCACCACACGAAGAUCCCUUUGUAUUAAACUCUGCGGGCGCGUGCGUGCCCCGGCUGGAGCUGGUCCGGCGCUGCCUGGCGCGCGCGCUCGAGGCGCGACACGUGCCCUGA